CGCGCCCGAGAGGGGGUGCCCGGGGGACCCGCGCUAUAUCACUCGGCCGCCGGGCUACCGCGUAGAGCAGGCAGCGGGCGGACGCUCGGACAGCUUCUCCUCCUCCUGCUCCUCCGGCUCCUGCUGCAGCUCCCGCUGCUUCGCCCGGAGAGAUUGCCCACCCGCCCAGUCGUGCACCAGCGCCGAGGCAGCCUCGCCGCACCCCAUCCCGUCCCGCUGGGCACUCGGAGGGCGGCGCGCCCGAAGCCAAAGUUGCCCCGCAAGGGAGGGCGGGCGAGCUCAGGCUGCGGCGACCCCGCCGGCGGCGCGCAAGGCAACUUUGGAGAGGCGAGCAGCGGCAGCGGCAGCGGCAAUGACUCCCUGGCUCGGGCUCGUCGUGCUCCUGGGCAGCUGGAGUCUGGGGGACUGGGGCGCCGAGGCGUGCACAUGCUCGCCCAGCCACCCCCAGGACGCCUUCUGCAACUCUGACAUCGUGAUCCGGGCCAAGGUGGUGGGGAAGAAGCUGGUGAAGGAGGGGCCCUUUGGCACACUGGUCUACACCAUCAAGCAGAUGAAGAUGUACCGAGGCUUCACCAAGAUGCCCCACGUGCAGUACAUCCACACAGAAGCUUCCGAAAGUCUCUGUGGCCUUAAGCUAGAGGUCAACAAGUACCAGUACCUGCUGACAGGCCGUGUCUAUGAUGGCAAGAUGUACACAGGACUGUGUAACUUCGUGGAGAGGUGGGACCAGCUCACCCUCUCUCAGCGCAAGGGGUUGAACUAUCGAUAUCAUCUGGGUUGUAACUGCAAGAUCAAAUCCUGCUACUACCUGCCUUGCUUUGUGACCUCCAAGAACGAGUGUCUCUGGACCGACAUGCUCUCCAAUUUUGGCUACCCUGGCUACCAGUCCAAACACUAUGCCUGCAUCCGGCAGAAGGGUGGCUACUGCAGCUGGUACCGAGGAUGGGCCCCCCCGGACAAAAGCAUCAUCAAUGCCACAGACCCCUGAGUGCCAGACCCUGCCCCACCUCACUUCCCUCCCUUCCCACUGAGCUUCCCUUGGACACUAACUCUUCCCAGAUGAUGACAAUGAAAUUAGUGCCUGUUUUCUUGCAAAUUUAGCACUUCGAACACUUAAAGGAAAAUCUACGCUGUCAUAUGGAGUUUAUUUGGAACCAUCCUCCUGGCCCCACCCUUCCCUUUCUUUUUGGUUUUGACAUCACCCAUUUCCACCUGGAAAUUUUUGGUGCCAUGCCAGAAAGAAUGAGGAAUGUAUAUUCUUCUUUGUGAUGAUAUAAUCUAUAUUUUUUUAGGAAAACAAAAAUUGAAAAACUACCCAAUUUGGGCAUUGUAAUACCUACCCCUCUUUCUUCUUCCCCAUCUCACCAUCUCCCAGACCCUCCUCCCUUUGCCCUUCUCUUCCCCCUUCCCCAGUACAUAAAGGACACAGACAAGGAAGCUGCUGAAAAGCCAACUGUUUCAAAUCAGCCAAGGGCAGCAAGCAGAUAGACUCAAGGUACGCAGAAGAUCUUAUACACCAAGGAGAUGCUACUGCAUGUCCCCACCAGACUAUGUCUGUCUGUGUCUGCACGUGAGAGGGAGGGAGGGGAGGAAGAAACUGCAAGAGGGUCUGGAUGAUGCAGUACACACACAAUUCCCCAGCCCAACGAUGCUUGGGUUGACCAGAUGUUUCUGAAUCUGGAGCAAGCAGCCAGGCCAGAAUAACAGAACUUUCUUAGUUGGUGAAGACUUAAACAUCUGCCUGAGGUCAGGAGGCAAUUUGCCUGCCUUGGACAAAAGCUCAGGUGAAAGACUGAGAUGAAUGUCUUUCCUCUCCCAGCCUCCCACAAGAUUUCCUCCUGGAAAACUCUUUAGUAGAUUUGGCCAGGAGUUGCCUUUAUGUAAAUUGGAGAGAUACAAACACCGUACACUAUCCACAGAUAUAGGACAAGUAGAUUUGGGUAGAGAAUACUAUUUCCAAAGUAGCAUUUAUCUCACCUAGGGGGAUGUGUUUGCAUACACAUUUGCAUAUACCCACAUGGGGACAUAAGCUAAUUUUUUACAGGACACAGAAUUCUGUUCAAUGCUGUUAAAUACGCCAAUAGUUUAAUCUCUUCUAUUUUGUUGUUGUUGCUUGUUUAAAGAAAAUCAUGACAUUCCAAGUUGACCUUUUUUUUUUUUCAUUUUAAUUAAAAUUUGAAAUUCUGAGCACCCUCAGCAUCCCUCUAAUUGGGGUCAUCUGAGCUCUGUCCCUCUCCUUUUCUCCUGCUUCAUGUUUGGGGCCUUCGUUUAACUGCCUUACUGGCUUGGCUCAGAUGGGAGAUGAGAGUUAAUGUGGGUCAGGGGCCUGGGCACAGGAAGGAAAGCUGCAGUGUCCUGCCUUGGCUAGAUAGCCACCUUUCCUGGGUUUGGGGACAACUUGCUCCUCUUCCUCCAGCUUACUGGUGGGUGUAUGCCACCUCCUGAGGUCCUCACCUCAUAAAGUUAAAGUUGGUGGUCAUUGGGAAAGCCUUACUCUGCAAUCAGCUGUAGGGUUUUUGUUGUGUUUUUUGAAAUAAAACUAUAAUAUAAAUUCUCUGAUUAAAUAAAAUUAUUUUAAGUUUUAGUGUUGAAAGUGAGAUGCCAAGAGUAGGUGAUAAUGUAUAUUUUACAGAAUUGGGGAUGGUAGGAUGGUUACAUUUAACAUGAUUGCUCUGUCUCUUUUUUCAGAUUAUGGGUAUUUAUCCUGUAUUAGUAUUUGUAUCUUCAGUUCAUUCCACUUUAGGAAACAGAGCUGCCAACUGAAACAGGAGAAAAAAAAAAAAGAAGCAGACAAUACAUUGUAAUGCCUUGCACACAAAUGCAAAUGCCCAGGCAAGGUGUUUGGCAGGACCCCAGUGCGGGAAGGCAGUACAGGCAUCCGGUUUCCUUGGGAUUGAUUUCAUUACCUACCUUUCACCUUGUGGUUGUGACAUCUGGCAUACAGGAAAUGGGGGUGGGGGGGGGGGCCUUUGCUCUCUCAAUGGGGCAGCGUGAGCAGGAGGAGCUGAGGUCAGUAGGCCAGUGGUUUUUAAGGGGUGAGCCCCAGACUUGGUGUUUUAAGAUUUUUUUUAUUUGAACCUCAAAGUCCUACAAGGUGGAACCCCUAACCCAACCUGCAAAAGUGCCCUCCCACAAUUGGGCAUCAGUGUGACCUCCAUGAGGCAUCUGGCUAUUCUUGGUCCCUGGUGGGGUCAUCUCCACUCACACAAGGAGGGGCUUGAGGUGAGGCCUGAGCAUGAGUAACCUGAAGUUUCCCUCUGAAAAGUUGGUGGAACCACAGUCCUAUCUGCCAGGCCCUGGCAAGGAAAACAGCAGGUCCUGAGCAAAGAAGGGUCCUUUGCAGAGUGAUGUCAGAGGGCGGUUUUUGAGCUUUCUAUAAGCUAUAGCUUUGUUUAUUUCACCUGUUCACUUACUGUAUAAUUUAAAGUCAUUUAUGUAGCUGAGACACUUCUGUAUUUCAUUCAUAUCGUGAACGUUUUAUUUUGCUAAAUCUUAUGUCAUGUGUAGGUUGUAAUAUGUGUACAUUGUGUUUAAGAGGAAAAAGAAAAAAAAAAACAAAACCCACACGCCGCCAUUUUCCUGAAUCAAAUUCUACAGUGGAACGGAGGGUAAAUACUUCUACUGUGCAGGCAGCUAGACUGGCAAAUUGGGGAAACUAGAAGGAAUUAGCACUAGAGACUCCUCCAGACUCCUCCCUAUCGGCAUCCUAGUGGCUUUCUGGACUAGGAGGGAGGAGAGAAAAAAAUAGCAAGUACAUUCACAUCCUUGCUCUGAGGCACCUGGCCCUGGGCAAUCUGCUGGUCAUUCCCGUUCCUUUCUCCCUCUAGUCCGUUUGUCCACCCCAUUGGGAAGCCACAAUUUCUCCUAAAAAUCCAGGGCCGCGGGACCUGUGAUUCCAAGCUCUCUUGGCCUCCCCUGGCCAUCUCUUCUGUCUCCCUAUCCAGAAGCACCACACCCAGGCUCUCACCUUUCAGGCCAGUGCUCCAUCUGGCCAGGGUAGAUAAUACUGGGAGACUCUUGUGCUUUAGCCUUACCCAGCCCCAGACCCUACAUCAUGGCAAUCAAGCUACAGCCCAUGAGCACCAUUUUUCAUACCAUGGUUCUUGAGCAAUUAAAGAAACAAAUGACUUAUUGGAACAGCUGUCUCAUAGGAACUGUGGUCCCCAGGAGACAAUACCCUCCCCUGCCUCUGCCCUUCAUCAUAUGCUCAAUGAUCAACAAUAUGGAUUAACCAAAAAUGACACCCAAGUGUUUGGCUCCUGGCUGCUAAAGUAAAAAUAUCACUGAAAUAGUUUUACACAAGAAAAACACUUAAAUUCUGACAGCAAAAGCAAAACAAAAUGGGGGAGUGUUGGGGAGACAGAUAUCAACAGCUUCCAAAUUGGCUCUUGGGAGACACGAGGAGGGCUCAUGCUCCAAGGGGAGGGGCUUCGUAAAUUCUCCCAUGACCCCCACCUUCCUCCUUAGCCGGUCUGCUGUCCUGAAACCCAGAAGUGAUGGAGAGAAACCAACCAGAGAAAACCCUGUCUGGAAGGAAUGUAUUUGUUGCUAAAUUUUGUAGCACUGUUUACAGUUUUCCUCCAUGUUAUUUAUGAAUUUUAUAUGCCGUGAAUGUAUAUUGUCUUGUAAUGUUGCAUAAUGUUCACUUUUUAUAGUGUGUCCUUUAUUCUAAACAGUAAAGUGGUUUUAUUUCUAUCACA